AUGAAUCGCCGACUGCCAUGGGAAGGUGGAGGAGGAAUUUGGGAUCUUCCCACGCAGCAGCAGUAUGGAGGACACGGUAUGUCAUCCAACAAUGCCUUCCUUUCAUCAAAUGAAACAAGCAACAGUAACAACGUCUUUCCUUCUGCCUCCUUUGCCGACCGUCGUUGGGCGUCAUCUUCGGGUCCCGAUUUCCAGCCACCCGAUAUUUGGAAUACCUCAUGGCUCCUUCUCUCGGACAUAUCCCCCCAAUUCUCCCUCGAUGUACUUCGAAUUACCAUCUCGAACGCUCUAGAUCAACAUAACGGCGGCGUGGACAACUCAGGCGCCUUCGAAAUCCACACCAGUCUACCUAACCGAUAUGUCCUUGUGGGCUUCCUUAAUCCUUCCUAUGCCGCUAUUGUCUCCAACAGCUCAACAAUCAAGAAUCAAGCUAACUCCGUGAUAAUCAUCCCCCCAGCGGAAGCCAUAAACAAACUUCAGGAAAUCAAGGCUCUUGGUGAAGAUCAAACUCAAUCAGAGCAGGUUGUAGCUCAGCAGGAUAAUCAACAAUCUACCACUUCAGUCACCAAUUGGCCACCACCAUCUGAACGGUAG